UAAGAGAGGCGUUGUUAGGGUUGCAAGGGUAGGGGAAGGAAGAAGAGAGAGCGAGGAGGAUGUCGACCAAGGUAAAGCUCCGCAGCAGCGAUGGUGAGAUGUUUGAGGUGGACGAGGCCGUGGCGCUCGAGUCCCAGACGGUGAAGAACAUGAUCGAGGACACUGGGUCGGACGCGCCGAUACCCUUGCCCAACGUCCCAAGCAAGAUCCUGGCCAAGGUGAUCGAGUACUCCAAGUACCACGUCGAUGCCCAGAAGAGCGGCGACGACUCCAAGGUCGUGCCCACCGAGGAGGAGAUCAAGGCCUGGGACGCCGAGUUCGUCAAGGUCGAUCAGGCGACGCUCUUCGACCUCAUCCUGGCCGCGAACUAUCUCAACAUCCGGAACUUGCUGGAUCUGACGUGCCAAACCGUGGCGGACAUGAUCAAGGGCAAGACCCCGGAGGAGAUCCGCAAGACUUUCAACAUCAAGAACGAUUUCACGCCCGAGGAAGAGGAGGAGGUCCGGCGGGAGAACCAGUGGGCGUUCGAGUAAGAGAGGAGAAAGCAAAGGAUUCGCGUUUUAGCGUCGUCGGCGUCUAUCUCCAUUCUCCCUCUCUCUCUCUCUUUCUCCCUCUGUUUGUUUGCUUCCUAUUGAACGAAAGGUUUUGUUAUGGCUUAAAAAUUGUGUAAAAGUUAAUUCCUUUAAAUAUUUGGCCGGUUAUUAUGAAUA